AUGUUCUUCAACUGGGGUCUUCAAGGAUGCCUGGUUGUCCAGUGUUACAUCUACCACCUGUGGUUCCCGCACGACCGUCUGUACAUCAAGUCGCUCGUGUAUGGCCUUCUCAUCUAUGAAUGCGUGCAAACGGGCCUCGUCACCGACUUCGCAUUCGACAACUUUGUAUACGGCUACGGGCAGCGCGCGAUCCUCACCCAGUUUCACAACACCUGGUUCAGCGUCACGAUCAUGUGCUCGCUCGUGUCCUGCGUCGUGCAGAGCUACUUCGCCUACCGCGUCUGGGUUCUAGGCCGCUCCGCUAUUUUGACCGGAAUCAUCCUCUUCCUGUCUUUCGCUCAAAUGUCUGUGGGUGUUGCAGGAGGCAUCAUGCUGCACGUCAUCGAUCCAAACGCUGCCGCGGCAUCCAUCGUGACCCCAGUGAUCUCCUCUUGGCUGGGCGGCGCUGCGCUCGCCGAUGUCAUCAUUGCGGCGUCGAUGAGCUACUUGCUUUUGCGCGGCAAGAACGGGAUCAAGCGAUCAGACGACAUGAUCAACGCCCUCGUGCGCUUCGUCGUAGAGACUGGUGCCAUGACCGCUACUGUUGCCGUCCUGGACCUGAUCUGCUUCACUGCACUCUCGAACACCCUCCUGCACGAGUGCCCCGCGCUCGUCCUCGCCAAGCUCUACUCCAACACGCUCGUCGCCUCGCUCAACAACCGCGUGAUCAUCACCCGCUCCCAGAACGGCCCCAUCCUCACCACCUCCACCCCGAGCGGACAGUACCAGCUGCGGAACUUGUCCGGCUCGCGCACGUUUGUGACCGCCAUGGGAAAGCAGUCCGGCAAGAGCGGGAUCCAGUCGCAGGGGCAGAUCGAGGUCGGCGUCGACGUCGACGUGCAGGACGACACGUCUACCGUUGGUCCGCGCGGGUCCGCGCUGAAGCACUCGGGAUCGAAGGUCGACUUCAAGGUGCCUCCUAUCGACGUGCUCGUCGAUGACAGCCAGCGCAUGCAAGUUUGA